AUGGAUUUGCUCAACAAGGUCACCGGAGGCGGAAGCAACAACGCCGACCAGAACCAGAACCAGAACCAGAACCAAGAGUCCGGCAGCGGCGGCGGGUUCAUGGACAAGAUCAACGGCAUGGCGGGCGGUGGUGCCAAGGGCGAGAAGAACGAGGAUGGCCUCGACAAGGCUGUCGACUACAUGCAGGAAAAGUUCCUUGGACAGGGCGACCAGAGCAACGAGAGCGCCGCCGAGCAGGCCAAGGACGAGGCCAUCUCGGACUUUAUCCGCGACAAGUACAAGGAGUCGACGGGCAAGGAGUUCUUUGUCGCGGACAAGGACAAGAAGUUUGGUGCCUAA